UUCACGACCCACCUCUGCUGAGUGAAAGCACAGAGUCUUUCGAAAUGAUUGCAAAGCUAGACAGUGUACUUUUGCCACGGAAAAAGUUCAUUUUUCAUUACAAAAAUGUCCGUUGGGCAAAGGGAAGACACGAGACCUACCUGUGCUUCGUGGUAAAGAGGCGGGUGGGUCCAGACUCCAUGACCUUUGACUUUGGACACCUGCGCAAUCGUGCGGGCUGCCACGUCGAGAUGUUGUUUCUGCGUUACCUGGGAGCCUUGUGUCCUGGUCUGUGGGGUUACGGAGUAGCUGGAGAAAAAAGGCCCAGUUACUCCAUCACCUGGUUCUGCUCCUGGUCUCCCUGUGCCAAGUGUUCCAUUGAAUUGGCUCAGUUCCUCAGCAGAACGCCCAACCUUCGCCUCAGGAUCUUUGUGUCCCGUCUUUAUUUCUGUGACGUGGAGGACAGUGAGGAGAGAGAAGGUCUGAGAAUCCUGAAGAAGGCUGGAGUGCAGCUCACAGUCAUGAGUUACAAAGACUUCUUCUACUGCUGGCAAACAUUUGUGGCUCACAAUAAGAGCAGAUUCAAGGCCUGGGACGAGCUGCACCAAAACUCCGUUCGCCUAGCCCGAAAACUUCAUCGCAUUCUGCAGCCAUGUGAAACAGAAGAUUUGAGAGAUGCCUUCAGACUUCUGGGACUGUGAACCUCGCCGUACACUCAUCUGUCCAACAGUUUGUUACAUCACUACAACUUCUGAAUUCACACAUUCACACAAAAAUGACCAAACACACUUUUAAUGACCAGAACAACAGAGUGAGUGUUGUUAACACACGGUGUGACUGUAGUGUCUGUACAGUUUAUUUGUUAAAUCCAGGUUGGUUUUUUUUUUCCAGGUAGAGUUGAAAAUAAAAUGUGCAAAUUCUAAGAACACUUAGAAAUAUAACAUAUAUAUAUAUUGUAUAUCGUGUACUGUAUUGUGUAGCAUUAAUGUUGACAAUAAAUCCUUAUGGAAUGUGAA